UGCACAGUGUUUGUCGUGGUCCCCGUUUCCCCCUGGUCACCCCGUCAAAUGCUAGAGCUAUUAGCUCGCUGGGAAUCUGCCUGUGUUGGCAUUAUAGGACCUUGUUGUAUUUCGUCAGGCAGCCCUGUCUUCAUACACGUCUUCGUAAAAAGGGGUUGAUUACGGUGCAGGUGCAGGAUGUACAGCUUUAUGGGUGGAGGGUUGUUCUGUGCAGGCGUCGGGAACAUCCUCCUGAUUGUUUCCACAGCAACCGAUUACUGGAUGCAGUAUCGGCAGUCCAGCAACUACAUGCACCAGGGCCUGUGGCGCUACUGUAUGCCGGGAAAAUGCUUCCCGCACAGCGACAGCAUCGCCCACCUAGACGCCACCCGCGCCCUCAUGAUCCUCUCCCUUUUGGCCUGUUUCAUUGGCAUCAUCAUCGGCAUCAUGGCUUUCAUCCACUACUCCUCCUUCGACAGGUUUGACAAAACCUUUGCUGCAGGCAUGUUGUUUUUCAUCUCAUGCUUUUUAGUGUUUCUAGCUAUGGCCGUGUACACUGGUGUGACUAUUAACUACUUUGGGAAACGCUAUGGAAACUGGAGGUUCUCCUGGUCCUAUAUCAUCGGCUGGGUGUCAGUGGUGCUCACGUUCUUUUCAGGUGUAUUCUAUAUGUGUGCUUACCGGAUGCACGAAUGCCCCAGGAGCACCAACUCUCAUUAGAAGCCCCUGAACCAUCCUUCACAGACGAGCAGCGGAUUAUGAAGAUGACGAGAGCUGCAUCGAGGCUGCGUGUGUGUGUAGAUCCACGCCAUCGACACGGAUGCAGAGUUUACCUCUGGAACACGGAUGAUCAAAGUUUUCAAUGAUUUUAAAUUAAAGAAAAGAUUGAGGGAGAAAAAUAUGACUCCUCCUCUUCUCUCACUUCA